GAGUGACUACGUGAGAUACCGUUUCAUUUUUCAGAAACGUCCCUGUAGUUUAGUACAUUCAACCCGCAGCCCUCAAAUCAUACAUCACGCCACGAUCCCCUUCCUGUCCCCCACGCACGGGCGGUCGCCGCCGGCGUCGCCGCCGCCGCCUUCCUCGCUGAGUCCGCGGCCGAAAUCCACGCAGGGAGAAGAGGUAUCCAUCCCUUCGACGCCUUCCUCUCCCUCAAGCCUCGACCUCGCCGGCAGCCCUCCUCCCGUCCCAAGUCCAGGAGACGCAUGGGAACGGCGGCGGUGGCGAGGCGUCUCGCGCGCACGGACACCCCCACCCUACGCCCGCUCUUGCGCGCUGCCCUGCGAGGUUUAAGGCAUCGCGCCUGCUGCGCUCCCUUGUGGCGAUGAUGUGGCUUACUGCUGCCAUACAGCGCCUCAUCGAGGAGUAGAGCAGCUGCCCCAUGCCAGCCAAGAUCUUCCAGAUCCUCUCCACCUACCACCGUCAUUGCAGGAGGACUUUAACGAGUGGUCACCAAGAAGCUGCCCCAAAUCCUACAAAAGGCUCAGUUUAAUUGUGUGAUUGCUGAGUGGUCCAGUGAGUAGUGCUUCUAUAAGCAAGGGAAUGAUAGAAUGAUGCACGAUUCUACAGUUCAACAGAAAGUUGUUCAAGUGAAAAUUCAGAGGAACAUGUGGAACAAAAGACAUGGUAUAAAAAGGAAAGGAAAGACUAAACAGUACAAUGAUGCAGAUGAUGGCUACAGAUAUGGACACUUGUAUACAUACGGGAUGUGGGAUGUUUCCUCCGUCAAUGCCGUCCUUUAAUCCAGUUAAUGAUGCUGAAGUUUUCAAUGGCUUUGGCACCACAUACAUAUGGGAUGUUUCCUCCGUCAAUGGCUCAAUACUGUCCUUUAAUCCAGUUAAUGAUGCUGAAGUUUUUAAUGGCUUUGGCAUGCAAAGCCAUCCAAAUGUGGAAAAUAGAUCUGUUGGUUGCAAUGAGGGAGUUGUAUAUGAAGAAGCUCUACAGCAUAUCAGUCAAGAAACAAAGGAAGAAGAUCUGUCUCAAGCGGGAUUUAAUCGAUGGAGUUCCGCUGCUAAAGGACGUGAGAGGCAGUCCCAUCAUUGGAAGUUUACUGUUUGAAUCACAGGGAUCUGGAUUACAUAAGCACAUACUUUACUGAAUUCUAUAGUUCUAUUCGUUGGCACAUCGGUUGAUCAGUUUUGAGGUAAAGCGAAGUUGUUAUCCGAAAAAUACUUACCUACUUUAGGAAGGUCCAAAUAGAAAAAAUGUUGGUUUUCAGGUAUGCUAGCAUUCAAAUCUACUUCGGACACCAGAUCACACAUCAAAAUUUUGAUACCUGAAAUGGUAGCUUCAGAAGAAGGGUGUCAAAAUAGAUUCAUGGUCUCUUUGCUUAGUUCUAUGCUUCUCAAAAUGCUUUAGUAUAUGCCCAUAAUAUCAUAGUACGAAUUGUUCUAUGAGCAGUUUCCUUUGUCUACCAUCAGGGAUAGUAAUUCAUUCGGUAAUCUGAUAUGUAUAUGUUCUGCAUUUCUGACUGAAAUAAUGGUAAGUUUGGCUUUGGCAAUUGGUGUGUGUAGUUUUUUCAGUUGAUAUAAUUUGAUCAUGCUGAAGGCAAGAUAUACAUCAUGGUUACUUCAGGUAGCUUAAAGGGUGUGGGUCAGUGUUAAAUGUGAAAUAGCUUUACCGGGCAAGUUGUUUCACUUCUUUACAUUCAAGAGUUAAACCAGGGACGAAGCACAAUCAGACACUCUGUUUUUGCAAAAUAUUUUCUACCUUCCUCUGUCGUUGAAGUGUAUUGGCUUUCUUUCUUACAAUACAAAACUGAAAAGUAUUGUUUAAUAAACUAUAAUCGAAUUUUUCUAAGGUGGCGAUGAGAAAAAUUGUGAACAAGAUAGAACACACUCAGUAUGGUACCUGUGUUUCUUAAUCAAGGUCCUGAAUUUAGCUUGACGAACUAUCAAUUCAAAUAGAUCAUAGAACAAUGGUUAUAACUU